ACGUCCCCAUUCACCCAGUUCAUUGUCCCCAGAGACCACAACAGGGGAAACUUGACUUCUCACCCAACCACUAUUGACUCCACGAAAAAAAAAAAAAAAACAAGCACCACACUAAUAAUCCCAAACACUGGCAGUGACGGAACACCCACCAAAAUGCUCCGCACCCUCCUCCUCAUCCUCAAAACCCUCCACCUAACCCUCCAUCAAGUCACCACCCACAUCGCCCUCGCGCUCACCCCGCGCCUCCACCGCCUAACCUAUCGCACCGUCCGGGACCCGAAGAACAUCGUCGUCAUCGGCGCCUCCUUCGCCGGCUACCACGCCGCCCGGGUUCUCGCCUCCACCCUCCCGACGGGCUACCGCGUUGUCGUCAUCGAGCGGAACUCCCAUUUCCAACUCACGUGGGUCCUGCCUCGGUUCUGUGUUGUGGCUGGCCACGAACACAAGGCUUUCAUCCCCUACAGGGGGUAUCUUGCGCCCGUGGCGGAGGGGGCGUAUACAUGGAUUACUGGGGCGGUGAGGAGGAUUGUUCUCGAGUCUGGUGCGGGAGAGGGGAAAGUCGUGCUGGAGGAGUCGGGCGAGGAGAUUGCGUUUGAGUAUUUGGUUGUGGCGACGGGGGCAGUGGCUGCGGGGUUACCGUCGCGGGUUGGUGGGAGGACAAAAGAAGAGGGGAUGGUGAUGCUGAGCGACGAGCAGGAGAGGACUCGGACCGCGCGGGAUGUGGUGGUGCUUGGGGGUGGCGCGGCGGGUGUGGAGAUGGCCGGGGAUGUGAAGGAGCGGUAUCCCGAAAAGAAUGUUACGUUGGUGCACUCGAGGAAGAGGUUGUUGAAUCGAGGGCAUGGGGAAGGGUUGAGUCGGAGCGCGUUGGAUGGGUUGCAGGCGCUGGGGGUGAAGGUGUUGUUGGGGGAGAGGGUGGUGAUGGACGACCAGCCGGAGCGAAUGGAAGAGGUCAAGUUGGAGUCAGGUCAAGUGGUGAAGUGUGAUUGCUUGGUAGGUUGGGCGUAUGUACUCUUGAGCGAGGAGCUGGCUGACGGUUGUAGAUCAAAUGCGUCGGGCAAAGGCCAAACUCAGGCUUGGUGGCAGAGGUGUCGCCUUCGUCCAUCGCUGAGUCAGGGCACAUCCGCGUCCGCCCUACGUUGCAGCUUGUGGAUAAGGCCUGCAGUCGGAUAUACGCAGCUGGAGAUGUGGUUGAGGUGGAUGCGGUGCAGAAUGCUCGUGGCGCAUUUCAGCAGGCGGAGGUGGUUGCAAAGAACAUCGUGCGAGCAAUCAAGGGCAAGACUCUUUUCGAGUACCAUCCAAAGUGGUGGGAAGGUGCGACAAAGUUGACGCUUGGUCU